CGAGCCUCUUCUCGAAGCACAUGGAACACUACAACAUGCGCUCGUAACCUGCUUCGUUCGUGCCUCCGUGCCUCUUCCGUGGGUGACGCAUCGGACGUCUAUAAAAGCGGACUGUGAGCACCCUGGACGCGAGUUGGGACUUUGAGUUCUAUCGCUCCUCCUAUUGUGCUACGGAUUUCGGAAACCGAGCAAGAUGUUCGGACUAUUCUCGCUGAUUGUACCAGCCCUAGGCCUGCUGGCAGUCUCGCCUGUACGAGCUGCCAAUACAGCGGAUAUCGUGUCUGGUGCGGCGUGGACCGAUACGGACGGGAAUGUCAUACAGGGGCAUGGUGCUGGGAUCCUCAAGGUCGACAGUACUUACUACUGGUUCGGGGAAGACAAGACGGCUAAUAGCGCGCUAUUUCAUGCCGUCUCGUGUUACACUUCGCCGGAUCUGACGACUUGGACACGACAACCGGACGCUUUAUCGCCCGUCGCGGGGACGAAUAUCUCGUCGAACAACAUUGUCGAGAGGCCUAAAGUGAUUUUCAACUCGAAGAACGACGAAUAUGUGAUGUGGUUCCAUUCUGAUUCGAGCAACUACGGGUACGCUAUGGUUGGCGUCGCCACAGCCUCAACGCCCUGCGGACCAUACACCUAUAAAUCAAGCUGGAAGCCUCUCGGUGCUGAUUCGAGGGACAUGGGACUGUUCCAGGAUGAUGACGGAACUGCUUACCUGCUCUACGCCUCGGACAACAAUGUCGACUUCAAGGUCGGGCUACUAGACGAUGAUUAUUACAACAUAACGAGUGUGGCCUCCGAGAUCGCAGGCGCGAGUCUGGAGGCUCCUGGCGUUGUGAAGAGAGAUGGUGUAUACUACCUAUUUGGAUCGCAUACAAGUGGCUGGGCGCCCAAUCCGAAUAAAUUCUUCACUUCAUCCUCCCUCACCGGCACCUGGUCCACCGAAGCCGACAUCGCCCCUGAAUCCACCCGAACGUGGUACUCCCAAAACGCAUACGACCUGCCCCUCGGCACCAACGCGAUAUACAUGGGAGAUCGGUGGCGGUCGAAUCUGUUGGGAAGCAGUCGGUAUAUCUGGUAUCCCCUCGAUUGGAGCAGUGGAAGUCCGGAAGUCAUACAUGCGGAUGUGUGGACGGUGAAUUUGGACGCUGGGACUUGGACGGUCGUGAAUGGCACGUCGUACGAGGCUGAAGAUGGGACAUUGGGCGGUUCGGCAGUCCUUUCGUCCAGCUCGGCGUUCUCUGGUGGGCAGACUGUUGGUUUCCUUGGUAACGGCGGUACAGUGACAAUCACCGUCCAAGGAGCUGGCACGAGUCAGUGGGUGGCCCUUUACUACUCAAACGGAGACUCGACGUACAGGAACACUACAGUCAGCGUGAACGGUGGUGCGACCACGCUCGUCGACCAGCCUGACUCUGGAGGAGGAAGCGUUGUGAUCAGUGUUCCGGUGUUAUUGAACUUGAAUGAGGGAAGCAAUACGAUCACUUUCGGAGCGAACCAAUCUAACUAUGCAGGAGAUUUGGACAAGAUCAUUGUGUACGACUCUUAGAGUGGUACACAGGUGUGUUGGGAAACCACUUAUGAGGCGCGAAUAUAUGUAGGGUUACACGGGCUCGAGAUACUUCUGCAGGCACCUAGACGGACCUUACAUGAAUUUACUGAACAACAAUGAUUCCAUCUCUUCAAAUCUAGGCACUUUGGACAUGUCUUCGAGCACAUCCAGCUCCGAGGGUCCAACGGAAGGCGAAGGACGCAUCAUCCGUAUUUCGGAU